CUUUGUUUAAGAGUAUAAAAGGGGGGCUCCUGUACCCUCCUGCAUCAGCGCAGGAGUCAACAGAACAUCCAAAAUGGGCAAGAUCAUCUUCUACGAGGACAGGAACUUCCAGGGGCGCUCCUAUGAGUGCAGCAGCGACUGUGCAGACAUGCACUCCUACUUCAGUCGCUGCAAUUCCAUCCGUGUGGACAGUGGUUACUGGGUGGUCUAUGAAAAACCCAACUACAUGGGCUACCAGUACAUCCUCAACCGCGGCGAGUAUCCCGACUACCAGCGCUGGAUGGGCUACAACGACUGCAUUAGGUCCUGCCGCAUGAUUCCACCAUACCGAGGCUCCUACAGGCUGAGGAUCUAUGAGAGACCUGAGUUUGGAGGCCAGAUGAUGGAGUUCACAGAUGACUGCCCCAAUGUCUACGACCGUUUCCGCUACAACGACAUCUUCUCCUGCAAUGUGAUGGAGGGCUACUGGAUCUUCUAUGAACAACCCAACUACAGGGGUCGCCAGUACUUCCUGAGACCUGGUGAAUACAGACGAUUCAGCGACUGGGGUGGCUUUAACUCCUCCAUCGGCUCUUUCCGUCGCAUCAUGGAUUUUUAA